AUGUCAAGACUCACAGCUUACACAUUUGAGGAGACGUUAGAAAAGAAUCAGGAGUGUCUGAAGAAGCAAAAGGAAGCUGUGAAAUACAGACUGAAGAAACUGGCAGCACGGCAAUCAGAAAUCACAAAAAAGUCCUCAGUGAUAAGGGAGAGCAUCAUAAGGAAAUAUCAGGAGAUCCAGACUGUCUUGGAUGAAGACUUGAGGAUGACUCUGUCCUACCUGGAGAUGGAGGAGCGGGCUGCUGUCUCAGCCCUAGAUGGGCUAAUGGAGAAGAACUGUUCCCUCAUCCAGGAGAUAGAGCAGGACCUGGCCAGACUCACAGUGGCAAUGGACCAGGCGGACACGCAGACAGAUACAAUGUCGUUCUUCUCAUACUCUGAGCAUCAAGACAUGGAGGCCGUGGACAAAGUGAUUGAUCUGUUGAACAAGACGGACCCCAGCAGAGUGAAUCUGGACGAGGCCAAAGCUGAACAGAUCAUCAGCCUUACUAACAACAUGCUCUUGCUCAUCUGCUCCCAGACCCCUCUAUUUAAAAAACUCAUCAAAAGCUAUUCCAGUGAAGUGAGUCUGGAUCCAGGGACAGCCCACCCAAAGCUAAUCAUCUCCCCUGAAGGUGACAGUGCCACCUACACAGACACCUGGCAGGAGCUUCCUGACCUCCCUGAUCGCUUUGACACCACCCUCAAUGUCAUUAGCCUGCAAGGCUUCAGCUUCGGUCGCCAUUACUGGGAGAUUGACGUAACUGGGAAGACAUACUGGGAGCUUGGUGUCACCUAUCCCACCAUUCCCCGCAAGGGCACCAAUGAGGACUGCUGGCUGGGCCGGGGGGAUGAAUCCUGGUGUGUGGAGUUCUUUGACGGGGAGUAUACAGCCUGGCAUGGAGGGGUGCCCCAUCAGCUGCCUUUCACAAAACGCUUCUGUCGCAUUGGGGUUUUGUGUAGUUUCCCUGCAGGAUUGGUGACGUUUCUUGAAGCGGACAACAUGACACCACUGUUUUCCUUCUGUGCUGGAACCUUCUCAGACUGCCUCCAUCUGGCCCUGUGUCCUGGUCAUGACCACAAUGGCACCAACGCAAAGCCUAUUGUCAUCUGUAAUGCCCCAUCUCAUACCAGUGAUCUGUGAUUAGUUGCUCCACAGAAAAGCAUUUAGUAAUUAUUUCUAAUAAGGAACCCUUUAUAACACUUUAUAAACUGUAACUCAUUGCUUUAUUAACAUCAGAAAAUAAAUGUCUUUAAGUCA